UGAUGCAAGAACUUAGAAAGAACGAAAUGUAUCGCCCACUGUAUCCGCCACUUCGUCUACAACAUGUCGAUUCAUAUGCAGCUAGAAGAGGCCAGAUUUACGUUAUAUUUGUGUUGUUUGUCACUAUAUUGGCCACGGCUUUACUGAUCAGACAAUUUGGUACACUUCCGGUAUCCUCAAAUAAAAGGACUAUAACAGCUCGAAAAAAUAUGCAGAAAUGUGAGCAAUAUUAUGGUAAAGUGUCGAUUUUUGUGGCUGAGUCUGCAGCCUUGAACACUAAUAACCUCACACGUGAUUCUCUGGAUUGUUAUGUGAAAGGCGCAAAUUAUAGUUUGAUACGAGUCAACAUAGACAAUGAUCCAAGGGUAAACGAAGUGUGUAGUAAACACAAGACGGCUUUAUUCAAGAGGCACUGUGCAGCAUCUGUUUACCUACAAGACACUGACUGGAUGCUAUUUGUCGAUACACAAGCAGGGGUGGUCAAUCCGGAACAUUGCAUCGAAGAAUGGAUUGAUGACAGAGUAGACAUGAUCUUCUUUGAGCGAUUUUUCAAUUGGGAAAUUGCAGCGGGAUCAUAUCUGGUAAAAAACACCGCGCUCACUCGCAAUUUUCUGCGGCAGGUUGCAAAAUGGGAAUUCAAGGAAAUGCCUAUCUGGAAUAACCAAGACCAAGGAGCAUUCAUGUUGCAAUUGCAAAGAACACUGUCUCCGGCAGCCAAAUGGGAACUACGAGCAUGUCACAAGUAUUGGCAAACCGCAACUAGCUAUCAAACAUAUACGGCAAUGAUAACCUGUGUCCGCUCAGCUCUAGGUGCUCGAAAAUUGUGGACGAGAAAAGCUCGCAUUUAUCGGAAGGCUCAUGCAUGGAUCAGAGAUGCUUCUAUUUCGCGUAAUAGUUGGUCCAACAAUGACUUCAUGCUACAAGGGUGGAAAGAUGACUUGUCAAAUAAAGAUUGUCCAUUUGAAAGUAGCUUCAAAAUAAAGGAGUGCGGUGCAACUCUAAAAGGAUGGAACUGGAGAAGACAGAAGAAGAUAGAGUUGGAGUCCUUAAAGGAGAUACUUCAAGGUGCUGAAGAGUACUAUCGCAAAGAAUUUCCAAGCGAAGGAAGAGUGAUACCUAAUCUAGACUUACCGAUAGUCGCAAGUUGUUUCCCACAUUGCGAGAAGUAAACAGGAUUUGGACUGGAAUUUACUACGCUUAUUUGCAAUUUACGUCGCUCGUUCCUUCUUUCAAAGUGUUUACUGAGGGGAAAAGUUUUACCAGUCGAAGUCGCCAUUCACAUAGAGAUGUAUAAUGUCACGCGUUGUAAGCAAUAAAUGCUAAUCUUAAAUAUAGUGC